GGGGCCGGGGUCGGAGCUCCGGACGGGACAGCCAGGAGCCGGGUUCCCCGGCGGCGGCGGCGGCGGCCCGGGGUGCGCGCCGGGUCCCCCCGUGGAUUCCGGGUCCCCCCGUGGAUUCCGGGUCCCCGGCACUCGAGGCACGGUGUCCGCGGCGGGGGCGGUGCCCGGCCAGCCAUGAGCUCCCCGUCGCCCGCCCGCAAGGGCUUUUAUCGCCAGGAGGUGACCAAGACGGCCUGGGAGGUGCGCGUCGUGUACCAGGAUCUGCAGCCCGUGGGCUCCGGCGCCUACGGCGCCGUGUGCUCGGCGGUGGACAGCCGCACGGGCGCCAAGGUGGCCAUCAAGAAGCUGUACCGGCCCUUUCAGUCCGAGCUGUUCGCCAAGCGCGCCUACCGCGAGCUGCGCCUGCUGAAGCACAUGCGCCACGAGAACGUGAUUGGGCUGCUGGACGUGUUCACGCCCGACGAGACACUGGAUGACUUCACGGACUUCUACCUGGUGAUGCCGUUCAUGGGCACCGACCUGGGAAAGCUCAUGAAGCACGAGAAGCUGAGUGAAGACCGGGUGCAGUUCCUCGUCUACCAGACGCUCAAGGGGCUGAAGUACAUCCACGCUGCCGGCGUCAUCCAUAGGGACCUGAAGCCCAGCAACCUGGCUGUGAACGAGGACUGUGAGCUGAAGAUCCUGGACUUCGGCCUGGCCCGGCAGGCAGACAGCGAGAUGACCGGCUACGUGGUGACCCGGUGGUACCGCGCGCCCGAGGUCAUCUUGAACUGGAUGCGCUACACGCAGACGGUGGACAUCUGGUCCGUGGGCUGCAUCAUGGCUGAGAUGAUCACAGGGAAGACGCUCUUCAAAGGCAACGACCACCUGGACCAGCUGAAGGAGAUCAUGAAGGUGACAGGGACGCCUCCCGCGGAGUUUGUGCAGAGGCUGCAAAGUGACGAGGCCAAGAACUACAUGAAGGGCCUUCCUGAGCUGGAGAAGAAGGAUUUUGCCUCCGUCCUGACCAACGCGAGCCCCCUGGCCGUGAGCCUCCUGGAGAAAAUGCUGGUACUGGACGCAGAGCAGCGGGUGACGGCGGCCGAGGCGCUGGCCCAUCCCUACUUUGAGUCACUGCACGACACGGAGGACGAGCCCCAGGCCCAGAAGUACGAUGAGUCCUUUGACGAUGUGGACCGCACGCUGGACGAGUGGAAGCGUGUCACAUAUAAAGAGGUGCUCAGCUUCAAGCCUCCCCGGCAGCUGGGGGCCAAGGCCUCCAAGGAGACAGCCUUGUGAAGACUCCUGGGCCCUGGCUGGGGCUCCACCUGGAUGGGAGAUCCCAUCUGCCACUGUGUCCUUGGCUGAGGCUGGAUUCCCCAUGCUCCACGGAACCUCUCUUGGAAGCCUGUUCCUCUGCUCACAGACCCCAUCUCAGCCUAACCUCGGAGGAGCAUCUGGACUUUCUGGAUAGGAUGCCCGCCUGACCUGGGGCUGGCCUCUGAACCUGCCAGCAGCAGUCCCCGCCCCCAGGAUGCACCAGAAGCUUCAGAGCCAGUGGGGUGGGACGGGGCUUGGGAUCAAGUCCUGGCCUCUGACCCUGCCUUCUCUGACCUGUGCUGAGAAGGAAGGACAGGAUGCCGACUCAGGGAUGCAUCUCCUGGGGGCGUCCAUGUGGACGCUUCCUCGCCCCCAGCCUGGAAUGUACGUUGGCCACAUGGUGGCCCCUCGGCUGGACGAAAUAAACCCUUUUGUAGGUCUC